AUGAGUUCCGAGAACCAGCAGCCCCUUACCAUCCCUGUAAUUGACUUCUCGCCUUUGCGGAAUCCCAACUGCUCGCGUCAAGAUUUUGCCAAGACUGGCGAUGAGAUCUACAAGGCUUUCAAAGACAUCGGUUUCGCAUACAUCAAGAACCACGUGGUACCCCAGGAAGUAGUGGAUGAAGCCUUCUCAUGGAGUAAAAAGUUCUUUGCGCUCCCCCAGAGCGAGAAGGACAAGGUUCCUCACCCCGCCGAGGGAUGGUACCACCGAGGCUACUCUGGCAUCGGCCGCGAGAAGGUGACCCAGAUGGUCUUCGACGACGAGGGCAUCGCCCUGGAGCGCAAGAAGCCCGACUUCAAGGAGUCGUACGAGAUGGGCAUCGAGGACAAGCAGGCGAAGCUACAGAAUAUCUGGCCCGAGAAGGAGGCGAUCCCGGGCUUCCGGGAGUUCUUUAUCCGCUUCUUUGACGAAUGCUACGAGAUGGAGCUCAAGAUCCUCCGUGCCAUCGCCAUCGGCAUGGGGCUGGACGACGACUUCUUCAUCGACUAUCACAGGAAGCGCAACAAUCAGAUUCGCCUGUUGCAUUAUCCCCCCGUCGAGGAGGAGCUGAUGGCGACGGGCAAGGUGGACAGCAUCGGCGCACACACGGACUUUGGCACCAUCACCCUCCUCUUCCAGGAUGAAGUUGGCGGCCUCGAGGUCGAGGACAUUCAUCAAAAGGGCACGUUUAUCCAGGCUCCUUACAUUCCGGGUACCAUCGUCGUCAACAUUGGUGAUUUCCUCAUGCGAUGGAGCAACGACGAGCUGCGCUCGACCUUGCACCACGUUCGCGCCCCGCCUGCCGAGGAGACGGAGGGCGGAAAGCCUCGGAUGACGCGCGAGAGGUAUUCAAUUCCGUAUUUCGUCAGCGCGGAUAAUGAGAAGACAAUUGACUGUGUUCCGGGUUGCUGGGGACCAGAUCGGCCAAAGAAGUACGAACCGGUCAAUUGCAUGGAGUAUUUGGAGAUGCGCCUAAAUGCGACAUACUAG